AAACUUCAAUACCACACGUAGAACCGCCACCUACAGCAGACAUGGACUGCGGCAUUAUAGCUUCGAAAACCGUCCUUUUGUUGCUCAGUUUAAUAUUUUGGGCUGCAGGAUCGGCUCUUGCAUAUGUCGGUGCUUAUGUCAUAAGCAGCUACAAGAACUUUGACGACUUCAGGGUUGACAAAUACUCCGUUAUCCCUGCAGCCAUCAUUAUUGCCGUGGCUGUGGUUAUGUUCAUCAUAGGCAUAAUUGGAUGCUGUGCAACUCUGAGGGAGUCUAAAGUUGGCCUAGGCUUUUUCCUACUCCUCAUUUUACUGAUGUUUGCUGCGGAGGUCACUGCCUUUGUGUUUGGCAUCAUCUACAAAGGCAGGAUAAAUGGAGACUUGGAAAAGACAAUGAAUGAAGUUUUCGAUAAGUACGGUGAUGAGUCAGAAACCCGGGCAGUGGAUUACUUGCAGACUCAGCUGGAAUGUUGUGGGGUGCUGAACUACACUGACUGGUCGAGUAGGCCCUGGUUUAGCUCUCAUAACAAUUCUGUGCCUCAUUCAUGCUGCAAAGCAAACACCACCUGCACUGGACAGUUCAACCAUCCAGAAGUGCUGAAUACACACGGGUGUAAAACUAAAUUGGAGGAGCUGCUGCAGAAUGUGCUGACUUAUGCCAUGUUUGUCAUUAUGGGAUUUGCCAUCAUAAAGUUCUUUGGCAUGAUCAGCAUUUGUGUGAUCGCCUGCCGAAGCUCCAGAAAUGACUACCAGCCAUUGUAUUCAUAAAAAGGUCCUGUAAAGCACUUCAGCUUCUUCAUUAUCAGUAUAGAAAAAAAGUCUGACAUUUCUCACAACCUCAGCGGUGACAGUACUUCACACAUGCUUGUUGUUUUUUUUUUGUUUUGUUUUUUUGUCCCUUUUGCUGGUACAUUAUUUUGAUUUUUACUAUAGUCUAUGAGUACAAAAGCGAGAAUCUCACUAAAGUACCAACCAUUUGAUAAAGGCCAAAAAUGCAGCAGUUUUUUUUUAAAGGUGAAUACUAUUGACUGUUGUGCCUUAGACAGUGCACCUUAGUAUGUGUUUUUCCCUUAACUUUUCUGAAUCACACACUUGCAUGUACUUGCCUAUGAUUUUUAAAUUCAAACAGUAAAGGGAGUUCUACAAGUUGCCUGUACUGACUUCUUAUAAUAUAAUUUCUGAAUGGAUCGUGAUUUGAACUUUAAGUGGGAAAUGUUUUAGUCUGUAGGUGUUGUUUAUGUAAAUGUCCAAGUGUACACUGUAUGUAAUGAUGCAUUUUUCAUGUUUAAUUGUUAAUUGGCCAUUAUGAUUUUGCUGAAAAUAUUUUUGCUGCAAAAGCUCUUAAGCAUCAGAGAUCACAUGUUAAAUGCCAAAUUGCUGAGUUUUAUUUGCAUUGACAAUUAAAUAAUAAAUAAAAUAAAAGUCUUAAA